AUGGUUCGCAUCCACAACCUCGCUCUCAUUGCUCUGAGUGCAUCCGCCCUGGCGGCAACUGCUCACAACGAGCGCCGCGCAGUCGACGCCCUCGCCGAGCUGGGGGUCGUCGCUCGAGACGCCGCGCCUCUGGACUUGCACAGGCGCCAGAACCAGACACCACCGGACAGCCCCGAGAUCCAGAAGCUCAAGGACGAGCGAAAGAACAUCUCUCCCGAGCUCGAGCAGGCCCGGCAGGACGUGGCGAGCGCCGAGAAGGACAUCGUCGACUCCGUUCCCCAGGACAAGAAGCAAAAGGAAGAGGACGCCUUCCAGAAGUUAAAGACUGUCGUAAACGGCCUCACUGACGAUCAGAAGACCAAGCUCAAGGAGAACGGAAAGAACCUGCGAGCAGCCAUAAGGAAGGAGUUUGCUUCGCAGGCUUCUCAGACAGCUGCCCCUUCGCAGGCUGCCCCGGCCGCAGCCUCUGCUGCUCCUGCGCAACCCGCCAAGUUCUAA